AUGUCGUCUGUUGAGGAACCUGUGGCCCCCGCCCCUCCGGCCGAGGUCGAGGCCGAAGUCGGGGCCGAAGCCGAAGAUAUACCCCCUGCUACUCCGGUGGAAUCGAGUGCUGUUUCUGGCAGCGAGGAGCCAGUGACGAGCCCAGAUACUUCCAAGGAUAAGGAAAAUGUGAGGGCAUCUCCUGCUAAGAAGACUACAGCGUCCGCCACCUCGGCGACGAAGCGUCCUGUCUCCGGAACCUCUACGACAAAGAGACCUAGCUCGAUCUCUGGUCCCAAGACCGCUUCAUCCACUACCCGCACUCCGGGUUCGAAUGGAAGCACCCUUGGUAAACCACCCACGCGACCGACAACUACAUCUGGCACUGUGCGCAAGCCUCUCAGCACGUCCACUACAUCGUCGCAUCGCUCUCGACCGUCACUUAGCUCCGCUGAUGAGAAAUCCCGCUCUGUUGCCAGUUCUGGGGACGAGAAGCGCGGAAUCACCGGGUCUGCUAAACGCAUGUCGCUCGCGGGCAGCACCGCCAGCACCAGAGCCCCGACGAAGUCGACAACCUCCACCUUGGAUCGGCGAUCCAGCGUUGCAUCCACAACCGGUUCUCGUACCUCCACACUUUCCUCGACGAGGCCAACUAGCAAGUCGACAACCACCACCGCCCGUCCUACCACUACCACGACUACGCGAACCGCCACAAGACCAGCGACAACAACAACUGCCACGAAGCGGCUGAGUACGGCUCCUAAAACCUCCGAGGGAGAUGCUGCCAAAUUACAAUCCCUUGAGGGUAAACUCACGGAGAGUGAGGCUACCAUCGAGAGCUUGAAGGCCGAGCUGGAGGCUGUGAACGAGAAACUGGCGCAGGCACCGAAGACAGAAGGUGCCGACAAUGAACAAGAAGACUCCUCAAAAGCUCUGCAGGACCAGCAUGCUGCGGAGAUUGGCCAAUUGGUUGCCAGCCAUGAAGAGCAACUACAAGGCUUGCGUACCCAACUUGAGGAAGCGGAAGCGAAAAGAAAAGAGAUCGAAGAAAAGUCUGUCAAAGCCUUGGAAGACGCUUCCCAGUCGGCGGCCUCUCAGGGCGAUGAAAAACUUUCGGCAGCUCUCGAGGAGCUGAAGCAAUCUCAUCAGACCCAGCUUGAAAAUAUCGAAAAUGAACUUUCGGCGCAAAAGGCUACGGCUGCCGGUUAUGCUGAGCAGAUCGACUCACUCCAGGCCGAAUUACAAUCCAAGGCCGAUGGUCUAGAAACAGCUAAAAAGGGAAUCGAGACCGAGAAAGCAUCGGCCCUUGAAGAACUGCGCGGGGAGCUACAGGCAGAAAUUGAAAGUAUUAAGCAGUCAAAAGACCAGGAAAUCCGGGCGGCCGAGGAGUAUACAAAACAGUCAGUAGCAAGCCUUGAAGAGAAGAUCACAUCGUUGCAAUCUCAGCUCGCAGAGACCGAGUCCACCUCAACCCAUAGCCGCGAAGAGGCGGUGGCUCAACUUGCAGAAAAGGAAAAGGAGGUAGCCGAAUUGAAGCAAGCUGUCGAUACUGCCCGAGCAGAACUUCAACAAGCAGGCCAGACAUCCGCAAAGGAAAUUGAAGAUAAAAUAAAAGCCCUUGAGACAGGCCAUGAGGAUGUUAUUGCGAAGCUCAAGGCACAGCACGAUGAGGCUUUGACUUCUGCUACCAAGUCCCACGCCGAUGAACUUGCAACCGUAAGGGCCGCCACAGAAUCUACCAGCAGCACUCAUACAAAGCAGCUUGAAGAACUUCAAACCUCUCUUGACAAGGCCAAGGAGGAUGCGGUAAAUGAGCUGACGGCGGCCCACCAGGGCGAGUUACAGGCUCUGCAAGAGAAACUUCAGAGCACCGAAGAAUCCCUCCAGAAGACUCGACAGGGCUUGGAAGAAGGCGCCAAUGCUGCCCAGGCCCAUGCGAUUGAGGAAAUCGAGUCACUCAAGGACAAGGUCAGCACCUUGGAGUCGCAGCUUUCUACUGGGCAGGAUGAGAUUAAGGCGCUUCAGGCUGAGGUCCAGGCUAAGCAAGAGCAGGCCGAGACUCUUCAGCAGAAUCUCGUUGCCUUUGAUACCAAGCUGAAGGCUAAAGACGCCGAGCAAGAAGGUGAUGUGAAGGCUGCCGAAGAACGGGCAGCAGCAGCAGAAAAGGCUCUGGAGGAACAGGCCCAAAAGGCUGCUGCUCUCUCCGAGGAACACGCCAAGUCCAUCGAAGCAUUGAAGGCUGAGCAUGCUGCCGAACUAGAGACGGCCAAGACUGAUGCAUCUGUAUCUCAUCAACAGGCGCUUGGGGAACUCCAAUCCAAGCAUGAUGAAUUACUGUCCAAAUACAGUGAUUUAGAGAGCUCCCACGCUGGCAAGAUCGAAGCCCUCGAGACUGAGCUGAAGUCAACCAUGGAAAGCAUCGCAUCCCAAAGUGCUGGACAUGCUAAGGAGCUAGCUGACCUACAACAACAACAUGAGGAGGCCAAAACUAAGCUUCAGGCGGAGCUGGAAACCACCCAAACCUCAAGGUCUGCCGAAACAGAUGCAGAGCACAGUAAGGCCAUCGAGGAGCUUCUCACUCUUCAGGAGUCCAAGUUGUCUGGCCUUCGCGAAGAGCUGGAAUCCUCACAUGAAGCUAAGCUGGCCGAGACUCGGAAAGCCCACGAUGCCGCUCUUGCAGAAGUCACGACUCAGCUUACUACCGCCCAAACCGCCGCCCAAGAUACCUCUGUUGUUGAUGGUUUGAAGGCAACAAUUGCAGAGUUCGAGAAAAAGCUGGCCGCUGCGGAGCAGUCCGUUACUGAAUCCAAGGCUCAGCAUGCCGCCGAAAAAUCUGCCAUCGAGAAUGACAAGAAUGAGUGGGAGCAGAAGCACCAAGCAAUGAUCACUCGUGUGGAAGAACUCGAAAAACUCUUAGGUUCUUCCGAGGGUACCAAGUCAGAGUUGGAGGCGGCAUCAAAGCAGGCAUCUUCCGCUCAGGAGGAGCUCUCGCAGCUCAAGGCCAAACAUGACGCAAUUACCAAAGAGCUGGACGAGUCUAGGGCGCAUCACACCGCGACUGAAGAAAAGCUCGCCCAGGGAGAGAAGGAUCUCACUGCGCAGAUUGAUAAGAACAUGAGUCUCCUCAACCAGCUGGGCGAGGUCGAGUCGUCCAUCUCUGGCAGUCGCAAACACGUUCGGGAGCUUGAAGCCGAACUCGCAGCGCUUAAGGCUGAGAGGGAUCUUGUGAAGGGAUCGAAUGUGGGCCUACAAGGCAGUCGAUGGGCAACUGAUGAGGAGAAAGCGCCAACAAGCGAAGAUGGCCAAGCAGCCGCAGCGGAAGGUGAGGACAUUGGUUCAUCGAUCGAGGGAACGGUGGGACCUCCCGGUCUGUGA